CUUUGUGUGUGGUUGCACCAGCAGUGCAUACCUGCAUAUCUAGCACAGGAUCACUCUGUGACUUUCCACUUCUCUCUGCGCUUCUGUCAUUCCCACUCUGUCAUUCUGUGUUUUUCUUUAUUGGACUAUUCCUGUUAAUAUAGCAGAAAUGCCAGUCAAAGUGUUUUUUACAAGUGUGAGUGGUUCUACACAGACUAAGAAGAACCAAGAUAGAAUCUUUUCUAUCUUAUCCGCCAAGAAGAUCCCCUUUCAAACUGUGGACAUUUCUCAGAGUUCUGAUGAUAAGGAUUUAAUGAGGCAGGGAGCAGGAGAUCCGACGGCGCUCCCUCCACAAAUAUUCAAUGGAGACGUCUACUGUGGAGACAUCAAUGCAUUUGACAAUGCAAUAGAAAUGGAACAACUGGAGGACUUCCUUAAGCUCUGAAAGGAACAGUGAUGCUCAACUACAUUGCCAUAACCAACUAAAUCUGUUAAAGAGGUGUUUUUUGUUCUUCAAAUCAUGUAUCAUGUAUUCAAAUUUCAUCAGAGCUAGUUAUAGAAAAUGCCAUUUUGUUUUUGUUUUGUUUUUUUUAAAUAAAAAAUGCUCAGAAUAGAAUUGCAAA